AUGUCAAACGGUGAAACAACCAGCGGCGCCUCCCAUGGCACACACACGCCAUCGCAACGAUACCUGAGCACCCGCGGCGAGGACAACGAUCUGUCCUUCGAAGACGUUGUCCUCAAGGGGCUCGCAACCGACGGCGGCCUCUACAUUCCUGAAGAGAUUCCCUCCGCCGCCGACUGGCAGAGCUGGAAAGACCUGUCCUUCCCCGAGCUCGCAUUCAACAUAUUGUCCCUGUACAUCUCUCCCUCCGAGAUCCCGUCCCAAGACCUCAGAGAUAUCAUCAACAAAAGUUAUGCGACGUUCCGUCAUGAGGAUGUCACCCCCCUGCGACACCUCCAGGACAACCUGUACCUGCUCGAGCUCUUCCAUGGCCCGACUUUUGCGUUCAAGGACGUGGCACUGCAAUUUCUGGGAAACCUGUUUGAAUAUUUCCUGACAAGGAGGAAUCAGGGCAAGAUCGGAAGAGACAGGCACCAUCUGACUGUUGUGGGUGCAACAUCCGGCGACACGGGCAGCGCAGCCAUCUACGGCCUGCGCGGCAAGAAGGAUGUCUCUGUCUUCAUCCUACACCCCAAGGGCCGCGUCAGUGCCAUCCAGGAGGCCCAAAUGACCACGGUUCUUGACAAGAACGUGCACAACCUCGCCGUGACGGGCACCUUUGAUGACUGCCAGGACAUUGUCAAGGCGCUCUUCGCAGACCCCGACAUCAACUCGACGCUCAAGCUCGGCGCUGUCAACUCCAUCAACUGGGCCCGUAUCCUGGCGCAGAUUGUCUACUACUUCCACGCGUACUUCUCGCUCGUCAAGGACCCCUCCUCCCCGUUUGCGAUGGGCGACAAGCUCCGCUUCGUUGUCCCUACGGGCAACUUUGGUGACAUCCUCGCCGGCUACUUCGCCCGGCGCAUGGGCCUGCCCGUCGACAAGCUCGUCGUUGCGACCAACGAGAACGACAUCCUCUACCGUUUCUGGAAGACGGGGCGGUACGACAAGAAGCCCAGACAGGGGCUUGAGGCGGAGGGCGGACUGACCGCCGACGGUGUCAAGGCCGACGAGAGUGGAGUCAAGGGCACCCUCAGCCCGGCUAUGGACAUUCUGGUCUCGAGCAACUUUGAGCGGCUGCUCUGGUUCUUGGCGUACGAGUUCGCGGCCGAGGCCGGCAUGGACGACGAGUGGAACAAGAAGCAGGCGGGCCAGGAGGUUGCGGCUUGGCUCGGCGACCUGAAGGGCAACGGUGGGUUCGGCGUCUACAAGGCUGUGCACAUGAGCGCCGAGCGGGACUUUGAGAGCGAGCGCGUCGAUGACGAGCAGACGGUGGCGACCAUUAAGGACUUUUACGGCAGGCUGGGCUACAUCCUCGACCCUCACUCUGCCGUGGGCGUGGCUGCGUCGCUGCGGAGCAUCGCAAGGUCCCCCAAGGAGACGCCGCACGUGUCGCUCAGCACGGCGCAUCCGGCCAAGUUUUCCAACGCGGUUGACAAGGCACUCACCGGUGCGGACGGGUACAACUUUGAGGAGAAGGUACUCCCGGCCGAGUUUGUGGGGAUGGACAAGAAGGAGAGGAGGGUCGCGUUUGUCGAGAACAGCUGGGAGUCUGUGCGGGAGUUGGUGAAGAAGCAGGUCGAGGAGGAGCUGGUUGCGGCGGAUAAGGAGUAG